GUUGGCUUGAUGUAAUGACCCGGAAGAUACGUCAGACUUGUUCCAGAUCGACACCGGCAAGAUGGCGGCGGACACGCAGGUUUCGGACACUUUGAAGAAGUUUGCGGUGAAAGUGACCACAUCCAGUGUGAAGGAGCGAAAAGACAUCCUUGGCGAGCUGAGGAGUUGCCUCAGUGGAAAAGAGCUGCCAGAGCCAGCCAUUAAAGUAUGCAAACUCUUCUGCCUCACUCUUCACAGAUACAGAGAUGCGGCAUCUCGGCGAGCGGUGGUCUCCGUCAUUGACCUGCUGGCGCAGUCCCAGCCUGGCGUCAUCGCUGCCAACCUGCCAUCAUGCCUGCUCAACUGUGGGGUCAUCAGCAAGAAUGGCAUGCCAGGGAAGAGCACGGCCUCCUCUGCCACCAUGGCGGUGGCCUGGACUUGCUUGCUGGUGAAAGCUGUCUUCCCCACGGCCGACAAGAGGGAGGGGCCCCAAUGGAAGAAACUGGUGGAGGUGCAGAGUCUCCUAUUGGCUGAGGUGGUUGGCGGGGCUUCCCCGAAUGCCACAAAGUCUGUGCUGAAGCACCUCAGCAAGGUCUGGAAGGAGCACCCAGGGAUGGUGGACCAGUACCUGACCACGCUGCUAGGUCUGGACUCGACCCCGAGCUCUCUGGCCCUACUGGGCGUGUGUGUCGACUUCUGCACGACCCAGAAGGACAUCGCCACCAUCAAUAAGCACAAGGGGGCGCUGUUGGAGCUCUAUGUGAAGACCGUUCUUACGAGCAAGAGUGUACCCCACCAGUACAUCCUGGAGCGAAGUGGCUCUAUACUGCGUCACGUGACACACGAAGAGUUCAAGGAGCAGCUGCUGCCCACACUGACGAAGGCCAUGCUGCGGAGUCCAGAAAACUGCAUGCAGACCAUCUCCUGCCUGCUGGCCUCCCUCACCCUGGACCUCAGUCAGUACGCCAUGGACAUCGGCAAAGGCAUCGCCAGCCAGCUGAAGGCUAAUAACACUGUGCUGGUGGAGCAGGCGAUCCAGGCCCUGCGUAACCUGGCUCAGCAGUGCAGCAACCCUACUGCUGUCCAGGACCUGACCACUCACCUCUUCGCCAUCCUGGGAGGCUCUGAAGGGAAGCUUACUGCUGUGUCACAGAAAAUGAGUGUUCUCUCAGGCAUCGGGAGCUGCAGUCAUCAUGCAGUGUCCGGCUCAUCCAGUCAGACACUCAAUGCAAGUGUGGCGGUUCUCUUUGUCCCUUACCUGCAGCAAGAAGUUCACGAGGGUACACUGGUCCACGCCGUGUCUGUGCUUGCCCAGUGGACUGGCAGGCUGACCCUGGAGGUGCCCGCUGCCCUGAAGGACUGGUUCAAGAAGGCCUUCACCCUCAAGGCCUCCACCUCACCCGUUCGUCACGCCUACCUGCAGGCCAUGCUUGGGGCCUACAAAGGUGACACCCUGAGCCAGGCGAUUGACUUCGCCGCUGUCCUCAUCCAGACCGUGGAGAAGGCCUCCGCCCAGAGCUCCCAGCAUGCAUUGCUGGCUGAGGGGGCGGCUGCUGCUGUGCUUCUGUGCCGACUUUCCCAGCUUGAUACGCUGAGCGAGUCUAAGCUCACUACCUUCUGGGACCUGGUGCUGGACGACAAGAAGCCCCUCUUCACCACAGAGAAGUUUCUGGCACAAGCCAACGACGAAGCCUUUUGUACGGUGCUGCAGCUGUGUGAGAGGCUGUUCCUGGAUCAGCCUCAACGGCUCAACAACAGCAAGUCACAGAUGUUCCACCAGGCUGCCGUGGCGGCGCUGUUGUCAAGGAGCUGGCGUGUGCGUAAACGGGCACAGCAGAGCGUCAAGAAGCUCCUCUCCUCGUUGGGCGGAGCCAGCCUGGCGCACGGCAUCAUGGGAGAACUGUGUGCGGUUAUUUACAAACACAAGGUGCUGCCUCCUGAUGCGGUACAGUCAGAGACGGGUGAGUUGACCGAGGUGGGCCGUGCCUACGUUCCCCCGCGGAACCUUCUGGAAGCGCUGUGUGUGAUCUGCUCGGUGGCCGGCCAGUGGAACGACCCCUCUGAGACGGAGAAGCUGGCCAUGGAGGUCCUCAUCGUGUCCCAUCACCCCUCCAUCAUGGUGGCACGCUCUGACCUUUGGGCCCAUCUCCUGUCCAGUAUGAAACUGAAAGCAGCGGAGUUCAUCGACACACACCUGGACGACAUCCUGCCUCUCUUGUUGCAGGCUAGCACAGACAGCCAGGCUAUGCGUAAUGCAGUUGGGAGUCUGUCGGCUCUCUCCCCUGCUAAGCUCCUCCCUCGCAUCAUGGAUCAUGUGAUCCAGCAGCUGGCCAAUCCUGCGCUGGGACAGGUGACCCGCACCGAGUACGCCAUCAUGACCACGCCAGAGGGAGAGCUUUAUGACAGGAGCAUCAUCCAGAGUGCCCAGCAGGAGAGCACUAAGAAAGGCAAUAUGAAGCGUGAGAAUAAGGCCUACUCCUAUAAAGAGCAGAUCAUUGAGAUGGAGCUCCAGGAGGAGAUAAAGAGGAAGAAAGGCGUCAAGGAGGAGGUGCAGCUGAGCAGCAAACAGAAGGAGUUGAUGCUCAACCAGUUAGAGAAGGAGGCCACCAUCCGCAAGAGACUACAGGGGUUGGAUAUGGAGUUGCAGUACAACAUUGGCCUGUUGGAGGCGAUGCUGAGCUACCGUCCUCCUCAAUUGGCAUGGCAACUGCCGGGCGUCCUCCAGGCCAUGCUGCCCCUCUUUCACUCCCCCUUGGCCGCUCCGCGUCUCCACAAGGUCUACCUGGACAUGGGCGUCUCCCUGAUGUCCAACCGCAUGCGCAACCUGGCGGAUCUGGUGGGUCAUGUGACCCUGCGUCUGCUGAAGCCGGAGUGUGAGUUGGACCCAGCCUGGGAGGAGGAGGAUCUGAACACGGCCACCCAGCGCACAGUAGUGGUGCUCUACACACACACCGUACCCCUAAGAGAGAACAAGACUGAAGCACAGCCCCUGUCGGCGCCUGCGUUCUCCUUCUGCUUCCCGCUGCUGCAGGAGGUGUUGAGCGAGAGCAGCGGCUCCAGCGAGGAGACGGAGAUCCUGAUGACCCGCGCCCUGCAGAUCAUCAACCAGCACGCUCAGCUGCGCAGCCAAUCAGACGCCCCCGAUGAGCUCAUCGAUGAGAAUGGACCAGAGCUCCUCCCCAGAGUGGCCAUGCUGAUGCUCCUCACCAAAGUGAUCGGCACCUCUAUCCCCCGCCUGCAGGUGCUGGCGUCGCGCUGUCUGACUUCCCUGUGUGUGAGUUCGGGUGGAGAUGAGGGCUGUACGCUGGCGGAGCAGUCAGAGGUGGACGUGCUGCUGGCGGCCCUGCUCUCCCCUUGCUUCCCUGUCAGAGACGCUUCACUCAGGGGUCUGCUGGAGAUGAAGAUGGCGCUGGCGACGGACAGUGCCGACCCCGGUGGGCUGAGCGUGCUCCGGCGACUCUGGGUGGCGCGCUUCGACGUGGAGGAGGAGGGACGCCUGCUCUCUGAGAAUAUAUGGGAGUCUCUGUGUAUGGAGCUGGUUCCUGAGCUGUGCAUACUGCUGAUCGGUGAUGUCACUCACCACGAGGAGGCUGUGCGAUCGGCGGGGGCGGAGGCUUUGUCUAGCGCCAUCAGUGAAUACUCUGACCAAUCAGCUGAGGUUCUCUCUCAGCUCACUGAACUCUACCACAAGAAACUAUAUAGACCCCCUCCUGUUCUGGAUGCGUUAGGACGUGUCAUCUCUGAAGCGCCACCUGACCAAUGGGAAGCCAGGUGUGGCAUAGCACUGGCGCUGAAUAAGAUGGCCCAGUACCUGGGCGAGUCUCAGGUCACUCCUCUCUUCCUGUUCUUCGUGCCGGACGCUCUGAACGACAGACACCCAGAGGUCCGCCGCUGCAUGCUGGACGCUGCACUGUCUGCUCUCAACACACACGGCAAGGACAACGUAAAUGCUCUGCUGCCGGUGUUUGAGGAGUUUCUGAAGGACGCCCCCCAGGACGCCAGCUAUGACUCGGUGCGCCAGAGCGUGGUCAUCCUCAUGGGCUCCCUGGCCAAGCACUUGGACAAGAGUGACCCCAAGGUCAAGCCCAUCGUGGCCAAGCUCAUCACCGCACUCUCCACACCCUCGCAACAGGUGCAGGAGUCUGUGGCGAGCUGCCUGCCCCCGCUGGUGCCGGCGAUCAAGGAGGACGCGGGCGGCAUGGUGCACAAGCUGCUGCAGCUUCUGCUGGAGAGCGACAAGUACGCCGAGCGCAAGGGCGCCGCCUACGGGCUGGCAGGCCUGGUGAAGGGCCUGGGCAUCCUGUCACUCAAGCAGCAGGACAUCAUGACCACGCUCACCGACGCCAUCCAGGACAAGAAGAACUUCAGGAGGAGAGAAGGUUCUCUGUUUGCCUUUGAGAUGCUGUGUAACAUGCUGGGGAAGCUCUUUGAGCCCUACGUGGUGCACGUGCUCCCUCACCUGCUGCUGUGCUUCGGAGACGGCAACCAGUACGUCAGAGAGGCAGCGGAUGACUGUGCCAAGGCGGUGAUGAGGAACCUGAGUGCCCACGGGGUGAAGCUGGUGCUGCCCUCUCUGCUCGUGGCGCUGGAGGAAGAGUCCUGGAGGACCAAAGCAGGUUCUAUUGAGUUGCUGGGUGCGAUGGCGUUCUGUGCCCCUAAGCAGCUGUCGUCGUGUCUGCCCAGCAUCGUGCCCAAGCUGACGGAGGUGCUGACCGACUCCCAUGUGAAGGUGCAGAAGGCUGGACAGCAGGCCCUGCGCCAGAUCGGCUCCGUCAUCCGCAACCCCGAGAUCCUGGCUAUCACCCCGAUCCUGCUGGACGCCCUGACCGACCCCUCCCACAGGACACAGCACUGCCUGCAGACGCUGCUGGAGACCAAGUUCGUCCACUUCAUCGACGCCCCCUCCCUGGCCCUCAUCAUGCCCAUCGUCCAGCGCGCCUUCCAGGACCGCUCCACCGACACGCGCAAGAUGGCCGCCCAGAUCAUCGGCAACAUGUACUCCCUCACAGACCAGAAGGACCUGUCUCCAUAUCUGCCUAGUGUCAUCCCCGGACUCAAGACCUCUCUACUGGACCCCGUGCCAGAGGUGCGCACGGUGUCGGCGAAGGCCCUGGGUGCCAUGGUGAAGGGGAUGGGCGAGACGUGCUUCGACAACCUGCUGCCCUGGCUCAUGGAGACCCUGGCCUCGGAGCAGAGCUCAGUGGACCGCUCCGGAGCAGCGCAGGGUCUUGCGGAGGUGAUCGCUGGUCUGGGCGUGGAGAAGCUGGAUAAGCUGAUGCCGGACGUUGUGAAGACGGCCAGUAAGGUGGACAUCGCCUCCCACGUGCGUGACGGCUACAUCAUGAUGUUCAUCUACCUGCCGCUCACCUUCGGGGACAAGUUCACACCUUACGUCGGGCCCAUCCUCCCCUGCAUCCUCAAGGCCUUGGCUGAUGAGAACGAGUAUGUCCGUGACACGGCGCUGCGGGCGGGCCAGCGCAUCAUCAGCAUGUACGCUGAGACGGCCAUCGCUCUGCUCCUGCCCGAGCUGGAGCAGGGGCUCUUCGAUGACCUCUGGAGGAUCAGGUUCAGCUCAGUGCAGUUGCUAGGAGACCUGCUGUUCCACAUCUCCGGGGUGACGGGUAAAAUGACCACAGAGACGGCGUCUGAGGAUGAUAACUUUGGUACAGCGCAGUCCAACAAGGCGAUCAUCGGAGCGCUGGGUGCGGAGCGUCGUAACCGCGUGCUGUCUGGGCUCUAUAUGGGGCGCUCUGACACACAGCUGGUGGUGCGGCAGGCCUCGCUGCACGUGUGGAAGAUCGUGGUGUCCAACACGCCGCGCACGCUGCGGGAGAUCCUGCCCACGCUCUUCGGUCUGCUGCUAGGGUUCCUGGCGUCCAACUGCCACGACAAGAGAACGAUUGCUGCACGGACACUGGGAGAUCUGGUGCGGAAGCUGGGAGAGAAGAUCCUUCCGGAAAUCAUUCCCAUCCUGGAGGAGAGUCUCCGCUCGGACAAGAGUGACGAGAGGCAGGGUGUGUGCAUCGGCCUCAGCGAGAUCAUGAAGUCCACCAGCAAAGACGCUGUGUUGGUGUUCUCGGAGUCUCUGGUGCCCACGGUGCGUAAGGCCCUGUGUGAUCCUCUGGAGGAGGUGAGGGAGGCGGCCGCUCAGACCUUCGAGCAGCUCCACGCCACCAUCGGCCACCAGGCCCUGGAUGACAUCCUGCCCGCACUGCUCAAGCAGCUGGAUGACGAGGACACGGCGGAGUACGCUCUGGACGGUCUGAGGCAGGUGAUGGCGGUGAAGAGCCGCUCCGUGCUGCCCUACCUGGUGCCCAAGCUUACAGCCCGCCCUGUGAACACGCGUGUGCUGGCCUUCCUGUCUGCCGUGGCUGGAGACGCUCUCACACGCCACCUAGGGGUCAUCCUGCCCGCGCUCCUCUCCUCACUCAAAGACAAGCUGGGAACCGACGAGGCAGCACAGGAGUUGGCGAGUUGCCAGACGGUGAUCUUGUCAGUGGAGGAUGAGGUGGGCCAGCGCAUCAUCAUCGAUGACCUGCUGGAGGCCACGCGGGGCGCAGACCCAGGCCUUCGCCAGGCGGCCGUCACCAUGCUCAACGGCUACUUCGCCCGCACGCGCCACGACCACAGCGCACACACACGCACGCUCCUCUCCGGGCUCAUCCACCUGCUCAACGACACCAACCCUGAGGUGCUCAGCCAGAGCUGGGACGCCAUCAACGCCAUCACAAAGAAACUGGACGCAUGCACCCAGCUGACCCUGAUCGAUGACCUGCACAGAGACAUCCGCUCAGUGACUGCAGAGGUUAAAGGUGAACACCUACCAGGCUUUUGCUUGCCCAAGAAGGGGGUGACUUGCCUCCUGCCGGUCCUGAGGGAGGGCGUGUUGAACGGCAGUCCGGAGGUGAAGGAGGAGGCGGCCCGAGCUCUGGGCGGAGUCAUCAAACUCACCUCCCCCGAGGCGCUCCGCCCCUCCGUCGUCAACAUCACUGGACCGCUCAUCCGUAUCCUAGGAGACCGCUUCGCCCCGUCCGUCAAGACCGCCCUUCUGGAAACACUCACACUCCUGCUCGGCAAGGUGGGCAUUGCCCUGAAGCCCUUCCUGCCCCAGCUGCAGACCAUCUUCCUGAAGGCGCUCCAGGACUCCAGCAGGGCAGUGAGGCUCCGAGCUGCCGAGGCGCUGGGCAAACUGGUGUCCAUCCACAGCAAAGUAGACCCACUGUUUACAGAGCAGCUCAACGCCAUACGCAUCGCAGAGGACUCUGGAGUCAGGGAGACUAUGCUGCAGGCUUUGCGGUUUGUGAUUCGGGGGGCCGGCUCCAAGGUGGACGGCGCCAUCCGCAAGAGCAUCAUUUCCACGCUGCUCGGCAUGCUGGGACACGAUGAGGAUGCCACCCGUAUGUCGUCUGCUGGUUGCGUGGGUGAGCUGUGUGCCUUCCUGCCUGAGGAUGAGUUGAGAAGUGUGCUGCUGCAACAUGUGCUGGCGGACAUCUCUGGAGUGGACUGGAUGGUGCGUCACGGUCGGAGUCUGGCUCUGGCCAUCGCAGUCAAGUCCAACCCAGAGCAGCUGUGUGCAGAUGAGUACAAGAGCACCGUACUGGACAUGGUGCUGGCCAACGCCACUGCCGACAGAAUUCCUAUAGCAUGCAGUGGGAUCAGGGCGAUGGGCUUCCUGAUGAGACACCAGCUCAGAACAGACGGAGGAGAAGGAGCUUCACCACGCAUCACUACGCAGUUCAUCAAGUGUCUGCAGAACCAGUCGAGUGACAUCCGGCUGGUUGCCGAGCGCGUGCUCUGGUGGGUGUGUAAGGAGCCCCAGACUCCGCCCAUAGGGGCGGGGCAGAUGAAGCCUCUGCUGAAGGCGCUCCUGGACAACACGAAGGACAAGAACACCACGGUCCGCGCUCAGAGUGAACACACACUCGUCAGCCUGCUCAGGCUAAGAGAGGGAGAGGAGGUGAUGCAGAGCAUGAGUGCCAUUCUGGAUUCUGCCAGUAAUGAUCUGUUGUCAGACUGCCACCGCCGCUCCCUGAAGAAGAUCUCUGGCCAGGCCGAGUCAAAUGAGGAGAUUGACGACACCAUCCUCACGUGAUUUCCCAAUCGCAUCGCUCCAUGGACCCUUCUGCUCCAAUCAGACUGCACCAAGGAGCCGUUGUCCCGCCCUCUUCAGUUCUCAAGGAACAUGGCCUUUUCCCCACCCCUCGUGGCCAAUCACCUCUCCCUCCCCCCCCCCCCCCCCCCCCUGUCAUCAGUCUCUGUGUGGAGGAGGUUAACCCUAGGGUUCAGAGAAAAUUACUGUAAACAAACGAACACAUGCACACACGCACGCACACACACACACACACACACACACACACACACACACACACACUCACUCUCCCUCCCAUCCUCAUACCACCAAAGUGUAUGUGUCUGUAAAGAACUGACACAGAAUUGAACAGAAUGUGAAUCUGCCUUCAAUUUUCUCCCCUUUUAAUUCUCUUUCUCUCUUUCUUUGUUGAAGCCGGCGAUAGUUUUCUUUGAAUGCUUAUAAUUUGGAUGUACAGCUCUAGAGGUGCAAAAACAACAUUAAAAAGGCAAUUAAAUAAAAGCAAAUAAUUUGUGCCAAGACUGUUGAAUUAACUAUGAAUUGAAAUUCAUUCUAAAUCGUUGGAGAGCGAGCCUAAGAGGACACGGAUCAGAUGAAUUGUGGCCACAGUGCACCUCUUUGUUUUUUCCCCUCUUGCUGUUUUUAUUUUUGAGUGCGUGAGUUAGUUGUUGUUGUUUUUUUGGGGGGAGGGGGGAAGAGAGAGAGAAUAACUGAACAUUCUCUGAGAUGCUGUUAGACUGACAAAUCAGUGAUGUAUCCUUGACAAUGGCUGAGUGGAGAAACAACUCUAAUAAAAACACUUGCCUUAA